AUGUUGGCUUCACCCCAGCUUUCAGUGUACGAUGUAUUGAGGCAAUCAAAGCAAUUCCCUUGCAGCGUCGCCCGGGACCCUCAGUUGAGCACCGAGUACAUUCCGCCCCGCAAGCGCUCCUCAUCCGGACCACCUCCACCGCGACCGGUGAGACCUAUUGCUCCACCAGCAACUGGUCGUGCAGCAAGCACAGGCCAAAGGAGACCGGUGAGACAACCCACAGGAGGUCAUCAAAGGUCCGGCAAGACGACGAAUCGCAAGCGGUUGUUACCCAAGAUGAAUCGCUUGGAUCCCUUAGCGGAUCCACCUGCGUUGACUGAGUCUGACCUAGAGACGGGACUUCUGGACCUGGCCAUGCGGGGCUUCAUCCCACAGACGGCAGAUCUGACUCCGGCCAUGGAGCGAGGCAUGCCUUGCUUAAUGCAGCAGCCAGCUGCCUUCUACGAUCAGGGCAUGAAGCAGCUGCCGCGCUUAGAUGAGGCUGAACAUUUGGCGCAGGUGAAACUGGACCUGCGCGCGCACAUCUUGCGAACGCUUGCUCCACCUGAGGAGAUCCCUGCACAGAGUGACUCUUUCAAGGCUCAUCCUCGGCUACCGCCCCUGCCUGGGCGACCGCCAAACGCCAUGCCCGCAAGUGCAAUGCCCGCGCUUCCCUCUGGCCCUGGUGCCGGAUCAGUGGCGGAGGCCUAUGGCACUUUCUGUACAGAGCUCUUGGAAGCUGUGGACGUGGCAGACCUUUCUGCAGAGGUCCCGGCCUUGCCUCCACCACCUACACAGGCAGAGAUCGAGGCGGCGGCCGUCACCCGGAUCUCUGCUUCGUGGCGGGGGUGCUGCCAGCGGAGAAGAUACGCGGAGCACUUGAGAAAACACAAUGCGGCUGUGCGAAUUCAAUCUGGUUGGCAUACAUGUUGUAUCAGAAGCGCAACCAGAAAAGAGUUGCUGCGAAAAGAGGAGGAGGAAAGGAAAGUGCAGACCAUGAUGAUGUACCAGCUUGGCCAAGACUGGUUCCAGGCCAAAGCUCUCCGCCGUGUGGAAGUGCAUGUCUGCUCACUGAGCAUUGCAGAGCACCGGCGGAGGCACAUGGACAGCUACCAGGUCUUGCAAGCGUCGCAAAUUGCACGCAUCUUCCGGCUAGCAGAUAGCAAGCGGGACAUCAUUUUCGUUGCUCCCAAACACAUACACGAGGAUGUCUUGGACUACUACUCCAAGAUCAUGCAGUUCCGUGGCAUUCAGAACCCACCUGGCCGCUUUCAGGUCGUGGUUCCUGAGAACAUGGACAUGAAGGACAAGUUCUCUCUCACCCAGGCUUUGUUGUGUUCGCCCAAGGCUUUGAAGCGAAUUGGCCGUUUGGUGAGAAACCGGAUGGCCAUGCUGAUUCCAGAGGUCGUUACACACUUAGAAGCCAAACUCAGCAACACUCUUAGGCUGCCGUUGAUUGGGCCCAGUGCCCGCAACAUGUCACUGCUGAGCUCCAAGUCCAACGGCAAGAAACUGGCGCAAAUGGCAGAGCUGCCCAUUGGACCGUGGGCUGUGGACAUCUAUGACGAGGAUGAGUUUUACAACUCCUUGGCUGGACUUGUGGUGAAGCAUCCUGAGGUCAGAACUUGGCUCUUUAAGAUCGACGAUGAGCGAAGUUCCCGGGGCACAGCAUACAUCGACCUGCUAAAGAUGCAGCAGGUGAGCCACAGUGCCCAUGCCUCUGCACCAGCAUUGUUGGGAGGUGGCGUAGAAGACUUUACCGAGCCAGCUGUCAUCGGGGCGGACGCGGGAGAGGUUCGGGCCAUGCUCCAGCACUACGUCCCUCGCCGUGUGACGCUGUGCAACCGUCAGGUCUAUGGAGACUUUGCCAGCUGGCUGGCGGAAGCCUGCCGGAUCGGAUGUGUCAUCCAGGCAGUACCUGAACAUCUGAUUUCUCAGACUAGUGUGCACUUCCAGGUGGCGCCAGAUGGUGCUGUGGAUGUGCUUGGAACUUCGGAGACUGUGACCAGCACCCCCUUUGUGCGAGCUGCUUCCUGGUAUCCUCAUACUCGUGGAAGUUAUCAGGUGCUGCAAGAGGUGGGGCUGCGACUGGGUCGCAGCCUGGCCGCCAAGGGCUUGGUGGGCUUCGCCUCAGCCGAUGUGGUUUUCUUCGACAACCCGAAUUUCGAUGUCACUGAGCAGUCACUUCAGGAGCAUCGCGACUCACCGGCGAUCAUCGGCAGCGAUACGCCGGAGAACCCCGAGGAUUUGAUGUUUGCAGAUCUGAGGUCACCUUCACCUGACAUGAGUGUUGCCACGGGCGAGAUGCCGGGGCCGGUAGAACUUCCACAGAGCAGACAAGCCGACUAUGAGGCCGCUCUAUGCCAUCAGGAGUACCGUGAGAGGCCUAUGGAUCUAGUGAGUCUGAUCUUGGGGCCACACCGUCACCAGGGUCACCAGGUUGGGGCAUCCUCUUCGAGUCCGUUUGCCUGCUGGCUGGUGGAUAUUGAUGUCCGACUGACCGACGAGGCAGCGAUGCUCUUUCCCCUGAAGUUCAUUGGCCAGGUGAAAGCUGAGCCAUCACAGGGCUUGAUGCACCUCACACCGGAGGCAGCACAAAGCCGAGAGUUGGAUACCCUUUACGACCUAACGGAGGAAGAGAGAUCUUCUCGACUGCAGCGAUGGGCCAUGAUCACCCACGUCGCAGCUGCACCUCAAUUGGAGAGGAUGAGUCAUCAGGUGCUGUUUCAGGCUGCCAAGAUGCGCGGAGUGUCGUUUGAUCUCUUUCACAACACUGGCUGUAUCUUCACGUUCCUGGACGUGGUGCACAACCUUUUCUCCCUGAUGGCAGUGGAGAAAUCACCUGAGGCCUGCGCCAGGAAGAUGUCAGCAGCACUGGCAGCCAUUGCAGAAGGACCCAAAGGGGUGGUGGGCGCCAAAGCUCCGAGACCACCGAAGGUUGGUGCCGGUGAGGCAACCGACCUUUUGACCCUGGCAGAUGUGCAGAUGGCUCUCCGGGCACCUUCGGCUGCAUAA